GGAAAAACAGCUAAAGUUGGUAUGUUCUCGGCACUUGAUAUUCCUUAUAAGAGCCGCAGAAAAAGGAGUACAACAUAAUGCAUCUCUUGCUUUGCUGAUCUUCAAAGUCUUCAACUCGCCGUCGCAGAUAUCGUAGCAAAGAUUGUAGCUAAUGGCUGACACCGAGGACAUUCAACCUCUUGUCUGCGACAAUGGCACGGGAAUGGUGAAGGCUGGUUUUGCCGGUGAUGAUGCUCCCAGAGCAGUAUUUCCGAGUAUCGUCGGUCGGCCUCGGCACACCGGGGUCAUGGUCGGGAUGGGCCAAAAGGAUGCUUAUGUCGGAGACGAAGCCCAGUCGAAGAGAGGUAUCCUCACCUUGAAAUACCCGAUCGAGCAUGGGAUAGUCAGCAAUUGGGAUGAUAUGGAGAAGAUUUGGCAUCACACUUUCUACAACGAGCUCCGAGUAGCUCCUGAAGAUCACCCAGUCCUUCUUACGGAGGCGCCUCUCAAUCCUAAGGCCAAUAGGGAGAAGAUGACCCAGAUCAUGUUCGAGACAUUCGAGGUGCCCGCGAUGUAUGUAGCCAUUCAGGCUGUGCUAUCUCUCUACGCCAGUGGCCGUACCACAGGAAUCGUCCUAGAUUCUGGAGAUGGUGUUACCCACACGGUACCAAUUUAUGAAGGGUAUGCGCUUCCACAUGCUAUUCUUCGGUUGGACCUCGCCGGUCGGGACCUGACUGAUGCUUUAAUGAAGAUCCUAACAGAGAGAGGAUACUCUUUCACCACGACUGCGGAACGGGAAAUUGUCCGUGAUGUGAAGGAGAAACUAGCAUAUGUUGCCCUUGAUUUCGAUCAGGAGAUGGAGACUGCCCAGACCAGCUCAGCCCUUGAGAAGAGUUACGAGUUGCCCGAUGGGCAAGUCAUCACAAUCGGAUCCGAGAGGUUCCGAUGUCCAGAAGUGCUGUUCCAGCCAUCUCUGGUUGGAAUGGAAGCCCCCGGAAUUCACGAAACCACUUACAAUUCGAUCAUGAAGUGCGACGUUGAUAUAAGGAAGGAUCUUUAUGGUAACAUUGUGCUUAGUGGAGGGUCAACAAUGUUUCCUGGAAUUGCUGAUCGAAUGAGCAAGGAGAUCACCACCCUCGCACCCAGCAGCAUGAAAAUAAAGGUUGUUGCGCCUCCUGAGAGAAAGUACAGCGUCUGGAUUGGAGGUUCGAUUUUAGCGUCCCUUAGCACGUUCCAGCAGAUGUGGAUAACAAAAGGCGAAUACGAUGAGUCGGGCCCGUCAAUUGUUCACAGAAAAUGUUUCUGAGUCAGUUGAAGAGAUUGUGGAUGGAUCAACCACCUUUCAGUUGGUUUUUGUUUACACCAUUAGUUCAGUUCAGUUUGCUUUUACAAGUUUUUGGGAAUUGCAGAAUAUAGAUUUUGGAUUGCCAGCUUGCAUGUCGCAAUAUGUCAAGUUCUUAGUAGGUCUUAGAAGCUGAGAUUGAUAAUGGCAACUAGUUAAGAGUACUAAAAUAGAUGGAGUCGUAUUGAGUUCUUCAGUUCGAUUCUUUUUCCUUGUUUUUCUAGGCAUGUUCUAGGUGGCUAGGUGUUUUACAAUAGUAGAGGCCGAAGAGUCGGCAGUCGAUCAGUGUCCAUUAUUGGCAUUGAACCUUGUACAAGGCGAAAUAAAGUGGCUUCCAAUGUUGCAUCAA